AUGCGAAAGCAGCAUUAUUUCUCACCAUCUACUUUUUAGGUUUUAGGGUUUCAAGGGCCGGUUUUUGCCGUUGCUGGUCCGCUCUUCUUCUUUUCCCUCUACUUUUCUCUUCUUCACUAAUCACUCCUAAGCUUCUCCCAUUGUAUUCUGAUCUCUCCUUUCAACGUCUUCUUUACUUUUGAUUCUUGCAUUUUUUCCAUACAAUGCAAGACCAUACUUCUGUUGAACAAGAUGCACCCCAAUCUACAAAAACCCUAGAUUCCGACUCAAUUCCAUCCCCAUCGGCAAAUUCCACCUCCAAAACUGAUGAUUUUGAUUCUGUUAUUGAUGUAUCUGGCAAAAAGAUGGAGCUUUCUUUGUCUCUUAUUGAUGGCCAGCCUAAUACAGCACAGGGAUUGUAUGUGUAUAAAAAUGUGUUCAAUUUGAUGCCUGAAUCGUUGGGUAAUUUUGGGAAGAGGUUAAAAACCCUUAAAUUUUUUGCGAAUGAAGUUAAUUUGUUCCCUCCAGAGGUUAAAGAUUUGGUGGACCUUGAAUGCUUGCAACUUAAGGUUUCCCCAAUCAGUCUUUCGGGUUUAACUUUUAGCAAGUUAAAGACUUUGAAGGAGCUGGAGCUUUCCAAGGCUCCGCUUAGGGCUUCGGGUUUUCCAAUUUUGGCUGAGGUUUCUUCCCUUAAGAGCUUAACUAAGCUCUCAGUUUGCCAUUUUUCUAUCAGAUACCUUCCUCCUGAAAUUGGUUGUCUUAGUAAUCUCGAAUAUUUGGAUCUUUCAUUCAAUAAGAUCAAAACUUUACCAAAUGAAAUAAGCUUAUUAAGUUCCCUAAUCUCACUCAAAGUUGCUAACAAUAAGCUGGUUGAGCUGCCGGCUGGAUUGUCUUCUCUACAAAAAUUAGAGACUUUAGAUUUAUCCAGGAAUAGGUUGAGAUCUCUUGGUCCGCUAGAACUUAGCUCAAUGCAAAAUCUUCGGAAGUUGAACCUUCAGUACAAUAAGCUUCUCAGCUGUCAAGUACCUGCCUCAAUUUGCUGCAAUAUGGAUGGUAAUGGCAGUGGCACCUGCACCGAUGAUGUUAUCAGUUCUACUGUUGAGAUGGAUGUAUUUGAAUCAACAACUUUUGAGGGAAGCCUUUCGUGUAAUGAUGCAGCAUCUUCUGGUGCUACCUCAUAUCAUCAACCUGGUUCUUCCUUGAUUGAUAGAUGUUUAGGGAAGAGGCGAUUAACCAAGAGGUGGAAGAGAAGGCAAUAUUUACAGCAGCGUGCUCGUCAAGAGAGAUUGAAUCAAAAUAGGAAAUGGAAAUUUGAUAAGUGCAUAUCUUGCAAACAAGAUCGGCUUUCAUCUGAUACUAUUUCAGCGUGUACUUCUGACAUCAUUUGUGUGGAAGACAAUAAGCAGACACUUCAUGAGAUUGAUGAGGGUCAUGAAAAUUUUCGCGAUGCCUCUGAAGAUGAUAGUAUGAGGUCUAAGAAAGUGCUUGAUAUGGAGAAUUGCAAGUGUUCUGCCAUCGGAGCUAGCUGUGAUGGAGAAAAUGACACUUGCACUUGUGACUCUUCAUCAACUUGCAUGUGCAGUUCUGGUGAUAAAAUUACGGAAACCCUUCCUUCUCAGGUCUUAAAAACUUCCACAAAGUGUAAAAGACAGUCAGAUAGAUAUCUUGAUAACCCAAAACGCAGAAAGUCUAGGAGAUCAACUGGUGAUCAUCCUGAUAUUUCACGCAAAUAUAACAUAAUGUCCUUCUGUAGCAUUGAGGAUUGUCUACCAGAUGGUUUUUAUGAUGCUGGCCGCGAUAGACCUUUGAUGUUGUUGGGCGAUUAUGAUCGAAAUUUUGAGAUCUGUUCACGUGAAGUUAUUCUAUUGGACAGGGAAAGGGAUGAAGAACUUGAUGCAUUAUUAUUGUCAGCUCAAGCUAUGGUUAAUCGCUUGAAGAAGUUGACUGGUUUGAGACUGAGAAGGGACUUGACUGCCGACGAUAACUUUCUGGUUGCUUCCUGGCUUGCUCUUUUUGUGUCUGACCAUUUUGGAGGUAGUGACAGAGGUUCUUUUGUUCAGAGGGUUAGAAAAGAUGUUUCUGGUUCAAACUAUCGUAAGCCUUUUGUGUGUACUUGUGCUACUGGCAAUAAGGAAAUUGAGAUGGUGGCCCCUAAAAAGGAUUCACAAGCUGUUGAUGAUGUCAGCUUUCGAGAUCUUUGUGAAAAAUCCCUUCAAACUAUCAAAGCAAGACGCAAUUCUAUGGUUGUGCCUUUAGGGGAAUUACAACUUGGUGUAUGUAGACAUAGGGCGCUUCUUAUGAAGUACUUGUGUGACCGGAUGGAGCCCCCUGUUCCUUGUGAGCUGAUUCGAGGUUACCUAGACUUUUCUCCCCAUGCAUGGAAUGCAAUUCUUGUCAGGAGGGGUGGAUUAUGGGUGCGUAUGAUAGUCGAUGCCUGUCAUCCACAUGAUAUACGGGAUGAGAUGGACGCUGAGUACUUAUGCAGAUAUAUUCCUCUUACUCGGAUUACUUUCCCUGAACCUGCUCCAAGCAAUCCCGUGUCUUCUUGUUUUCCAUCUAUAUCUGAAUGUGAAGAAGUUGAGAAAGUUGCUUCUAGCUCUGUCGUCUUGUGCAGAGUGGGAUCUGUUGAAGCCGCGGCUAAGGUCCGCACAUUAGAACUGUCUGUAUCUUCUGCUGAUGAUAUCAGGAAUUUUGAAUAUACCUGUAUUGGUGAAGUUCGAAUGUUGGGUGCUCUAAGGAAUCACCCCUGCAUAGUUGAGAUCUAUGGGCACAAAAUCUCCUCUGAGUGGAUAGCCUCAUCAUCAUCAGAUGAAAAAUCUGACCGACGCAUGCUUCGUUCUGCAAUUUUUAUGGAGUAUGUCGGAGGGGGUUCCCUUAAGAAUUACAUAAAGAAGCUGCUCAAAGGUGGUGAGAAGCAUGUACCUCCUCAUUUAGCUUUGUGCAUUGCUAGAGAUGUUUCAUGUGCGUUGAAAGAGCUUCAUUCAAAGCACAUCAUUCAUCGUGACAUUAAGAGCGAGAAUAUAUUGAUUGAUUUAGAUCAAAAGAGGGAAGAUGGGUUGCCUGUUGUAAAGCUUUGUGAUUUUGACAAAGCUGUUCCUCUUCGAUCCUCACUUCAUACAUGUUGUAUAUCUCAUGUUGGUAUACCUCCUCCUGAUAUAUGCGUUGGUACACCCUGCUGGAUGGCUCCUGAGGUAUUGCAAGCAAUGCAUGAACGUAAGAGCUAUGGGCUGGAAGCUGAUAUUUGGUCCUAUGGUUGCUUGCUCUUGGAGUUGUUAACCCUGGAAGUCCCUUAUUCGGGAAUACCUGACUCAAACAUUCAUGAUCUCCUUCAAAACGGAAAAAGACCCCCACUAAAUUGCGAGAUUGAAAAGAAAUCUUCAAGUCCCAAGUCUUCUAAGAAGCUCGAGGACGCAGACAGUGAGUCGGAGUGUUUGAGAUUCUUGGUUGACGUCUUCCAUCAAUGCACAAACGGAGACCCUGCUGAGCGUCCUACAGCUGAAGAUCUUUACGAUAUGAUGCUUGCUAAAACUAAUUCUUUCACUGGUUCAGACAGUUAGGGACGACUAAUGAGAAUCAUAUUUGUAAUCUAAAUUUAUUUUCAACAUACAAAUUUUGUAGAAGUAGGAUAUAGUACCAGUUUACGAAUUACGACGUAAUCUUUGUAGUUAGUAAAAUUCACACCACACCAUGGAGAUGGUAUUUAUCUACCAUUCUAGAGUUUUAGGCAAUUAAAUUAGUUUAUUGUAACUUGUAAUUGUGUUGUGUAAUCAGUAAUUUAGUGCUACUCUAUCCCUUUUCUUUUCUUUUCAUUUACUUUUUCACAGUUUUUAAUGUAAAUUUUAAAUCUUAAU